GUGUCCCGGAUGGAGCAGAGAGUCUCUCCAGCAGCAGCAGCAGUAGCUCCGCGGCUCCGGAUUCAGCGCGAGUCUCUCCGUCCUCUCCGCCUCCCAGCAGCUCCGGCCGAUUCUUCCAGCCGCUCCGCAGCGCAGCAGCAGAGCUCAGCAUGUCUGUGGCGGGGCUGAAGAAGCAGUUUCACAAAGCCACGCAGAAAGUAAGUGAGAAAGUAGGAGGAGCGGAAGGCACCAAACUUGACGAUGACUUCAAAGAAAUGGAAAAGAAAGUGGACACCACAAGCAGAGCAGUGCUGGACAUCAUGGCCAGAACUACAGAGUAUCUACAACCAAACCCAGCAUCCAGGGCGAAGCUGACUAUGAUAAACACGAUGUCUAAGAUCCGUGGUCAGGAGAAAGGGCCGGGAUACCCACAGGCCGAGAGCGUGCUCGGAGAAGCCAUGCAGAAAUUCGGCCGGGAGCUUGGAGAGGAAUCUAGCUUUGGGCUGGCUCUCAUAGAUGCGAGCGAGGCGAUGAGGGAGCUGGGGGAGGUGAAGGAUGCGUUAGAUAUGGAGGUCAAACAGAACUUCAUUGACCCACUUCAGAAUCUGCACGACAAAGAUAUCAAAGAAAUCCAGCACCACCUGAAAAAGAUGGAGGGUCGGCGUCUGGAUUUUGACUAUAAGAAGAAACGUCAGGGCAAAGUGACAGAUGACGAGAUCAAGCAGGCGUUGGAGAAGUUUGACGAGUCCAAAGAAAUUGCAGAGCAGAGCAUGUUCAACCUGCUGGAGAGUGAUAUAGAGCAGGUGAGUCAGCUAGCGGCGUUGGUGAAAGCUCAGCUGGAGUAUCACAGGCAGGCCACUGAUGUUCUCCAGCAGCUCUCAAGCAAGAUGGAGGAGAGGAUAAAGGAGGCCUCCAAUAAGCCAAGGAAAGAAUACAUUCCCAAACCACGCAUGGAGCUACAGUUACCCAGCGAGAACCUUAACGGAGGAAUACACACUGCUAAAUCACCUGCGCGAUCUCCAGCUCCUCUUGAUCAGCCGUCCUGUCGUGCUCUGUAUGACUUUGAGCCAGAGAACGAGGGUGAGCUGGGCUUUAAGGAGGGUGACAUCAUCACCCUGACCAAUCAGAUCGACGACAACUGGUACGAGGGGAUGAUCCACGGCCAGUCGGGUUUCUUCCCCAUCAACUACGUGGACAUCCUAGUGCCUCUGCCCCACUAGGCCCAUUUCCCUGCGUCCCGCCCUCCCCUGCUGUUGCCUAGCGACCUGGUUCGCCUUCGCUGUGCAUCUGUGCUACUCUUUCACUACCGUUUCUGUUGAUCUGUAACUGCGGAGACCGGGCCGGGAGGAGGAGGAAGAAGAUUACGACGAAGAUGAAGACGAUGACAGUGGACGUAGCGUCACACUCUGGAGUGUCUGUGUGCCUGUGCAGUGUUGCGUUUAGAGCAGCUCAGGUGGUCAGUGUGUGUGUCUGCAGUUUCUGGAACUCUGGGUUUUGCUGUAAUGCAGAAGUUGUUGCUCCUGUGCUUCUGUCUACAUGUCGGCCUGAUUACUGGUCUGAUUUCUGGUUUUGUGUUUGAAGAGGGGUUCUCUUGGAAAGCUGCAUUCAGCUCCAAGACUGCCGGUCAGAUUUCCCAGUUAAUAGCUUUGACUGCAGUGUGGAAACUGGUCUGUGGAGGGUGUUUCCUCUCAGUUCAUGGCUUUGGCUGAUCGUCUUCCUGCUUUAUUUUAUUAUGUAAGACUGGACCUGGAUGUGCACACACUGUGAACUUGUCUCGUGAUGUUUUUGUUUGCGUCCUGCAUGUGUCGCUGUGGCAGUUUGUAAAUGGGACCAUUUGGGACUGUUGUUAUGGUGUUUCUGGCUGUUUUUAGCAAUCUACAUCAUGGUAGAAGGGGCUGAUGGUCUUAAAGACUGCUUUUAAACAACUUGCAGCUCAAAUCUUGUUGAUCCGUUACAUCUCAGUAAUUGCUUAUAAUUUUGUUGCUAGAUAACACUUAUGCAGUGUAUAUACAGUACUGUAGACAAUCUGAAUUAAAUGGUCCUUAUUUGGGCAGUAAGUGUAUAUUUGUUUAGUAAAACACAUAUAUUAGAUGAAAUAUACGAAAAAAAAUCAUACAAGUAGUAGUAGGUUAAUGUCUCCCUAAUGGGUUGUUUACAGAACUGCCUGGUGAACUGCCUUGGUGGAAAAUUUCAGGGUGGCAUGAAGAUUUCAGCCCUCAUUAGGUGAGCCACUGCUAGUCCUGAAUGGCAAACAGCCAUUAAAACGCUACAAAGGCUUGUGAGGACAAUUCUACUGAAAGCAAAGGGAGAGUUUAGCAUCUACAUUUAGCUUGUUUUAAUGCAGAUCCUAAUCAUAAUAACAUAUGCCAUAAUUUUUUUUUCAACAUCUGUUAAUUAUUUUAGAGUAACUGAGAGAAAUGUUUUUAAACACUCUGCACCGUAUUGUAUUACCCAUUAAGGACUAGAGGCCGACCGAUCGAUCG